AUGAAUGGUCGGAAGGUAUCUAUAUCUAACACAUAUAGUAGUGUUCACUUAAAAAAUUUAGCGCCAAAGCGGAGCAAUUUGAAAAUUUCAACUUGUGCUUCAAGCGAAAAAUGUAAUCAAAACAAUACUGGAUAUGAAUGGUGUAGAGCGUGUAACGCAAAACAUUUUCAACGAAAUUUUAAAAAUUGGACAAGUGGUAAUGCUAACAUUGACAAAUUUAUUCGAGAUACUCAACUAUCAGCGAGUCAUCAACAAAAUGUAUUAGAAUGGAUACCUUAUAACACAUUUUAUGAUAUUAAAUAUAUUGCAAAAGGUGGGUUUGGCCAAGUGUAUAGAGCAAAUUGGAUUGAUGGAUGUAUAUAUAAACGGAAUAAUAAAAAUCAAAAUUGGGACCGAUAUUCCAAUAUCACUGUAGCUUUGAAAAUUUUAAAUAAUUCAAAAGAUGUUACAUGGGAAUUUAUCAAUGAGAUUAUAUCGCAUUAUAAGAUUGGAGAUAAUUAUAAUUGUUAUAAUUGUGUUACUCAACUUUAUGGAAUAUCUCAAGAUCCAGAAACGCAAAAUUAUAUUAUGGUUUUGGAAUAUGCAGAACAUGGAAGUUUGCGAAAUUAUUUAGAUAAAUGUUAUGAUAAAUUAAGUUGGAAAGAUAAGUUAAAUAAUUUAUGGUGGAUUUCAUUUGGACUUGCAAUAGUUCAUGUGAAAGAAUUAAUUCAUCGAGAUUUGCAUAAUGGUAAUAUAUUAAAGUUUUCUUCUAAAACUAAUAUAACUGAUAUGGGUUUAUGCAGGCCUGCAUAUUAUAAUAAGUUAGAUAAUAAAAUAUACGGAGUUUUACCUUAUAUUGCCCCAGAAAUUUUAAGAGGACAAAAUUAUACUAAAGCAACUGAUGUUUACAGUUUUGGUAUAAUUAUGUAUGAAGUAAUAUCUGGAUUACCUCCAUAUCAUGAUGUAAGUCAUGAUGAAAGUUUGGCAAUAAAAAUUUGUCUAGGACUCAGACCAAGGUUUAAUAUUAAAGUACCCCAAUUGAUCGUGCAUUUAAUUAAAAAAUGCUUAGAUGCAAAUCCAUUAAAUCGACCAAUAGUGAAUGAAAUUGCGAAUAUUUUAUCACUAUGGUAUACGGACUUUGAUAGUUAUAUAGAGCUAAAACAGCAAAUUAAAGAAUCGGAAGAAAUCAAUAAUAAAACAUUAGGCAAUAGUUUUAUAUCUCCAACUAGUUCAUCCUUAUCAUAUGAAACACAUUCGGAAGCUAUUUAUACAAGUAGAUUACUUAAUUUUAAUAAUCUUCCCGAACCAAGAAAUUCUGGUGAUUAUUAUAACCGAUAUGACGAUAUAAUAAGCAAGGAAUAUUCAGCAUCUUUACAAAUUGAUAUUUCUAAAUUAAAAAUAAAUGAUGAUGUGACAAUGAAAAUUUGUAAAGGCUUGAGACCAAAGUCUAAUUAUAAAAUUCCUCAAUUAAUUUUUGACAUUAUUAGUCAAUGUUGGAAUGCAGACCUUUUAAAACGACCUAAUGCAAAUAAAUUACUUAAGCUAAUUCAUGAUUUAUGA